GUAUGCGACUAACGUACGCUUGCAUGUGUGUGUGUGGCUGCGCCCACCACGAUACCUGUACGCCAAUAAACCAGUGCAUAACUAGCUACCGGUUGUUUCACUUGUGUCCACCUACGUAUCUAACAGUGGCGACGAAUACCCACAUUUAGGAAAAAAAAAACAUGUCUUCUGGAUUAUUUGGAAUUUUGACCAGUUUUGACCACAAUGAACAUGAGUGGAAGACUUACAAAAGCCGUCUGACACAGUGGUUUGUGGCAAACGACAUCACCGAUGUGACAGACGCAACCGGAACAAAGCGCAGAGCUAUAUUGCUAAGUGCACUCACGGAGGGUACGUACAGACUCGCUGCGGAUUUGGUUCUACCAAAGGAUGUACAAACGGUGCCCUACGACGAUAUCAUAACAAGUUUGGAUACUCAUUUCAACCCUAAGAGAGUAGGGUUCAGCGAGAGACACAAUUUCUACGCAGCGGUACAACGACAAGGCGAAACGCACUCACAGUGGGCCGCGAGACUUCGUGGCCUGACGUCGCUUUGUGCCUUCAAGAAUGUGGAGGAAACGCUGCUCGAUCGCUUUAUUAUGGGAAUGAGGGCUUGUUAUGAAAAAGAAAAGCUGUACGCUCAGGAUCUGACUGGCCUUACGCUUGGCAAAGCUGUGGAAUACGCCGAAAAUGUUGCCACCGCGCGCGCAGCUGCCACCGCUAGCGCGAGCGGAGCGGGCGCCGCCGCCGCCGCCGCGGGCGCCGCGACGCUGGACCCGCUAUUAAAGAUAUCGCGCAGUACUAGUGCCCAUAAGGGACAGGCCGCGGCUAAGUCUAGCCGUUUAGCGAAGCCUAAGUGUACCACAUGCGGAUAUACCAACCACAAGACCGCGGAGUGUCAGUACAGUGAUUAUGUGUGUAAGAAGUGUAACGUUAAAGGCCAUCUACGUAGGGUGUGUCCGUCAAAAGUGAACUACGUAGACAAUGGAGCCGACGACGAGGACUUCGGAGACGAUGUGCUCACAGGACAAUACUAAUGUAUCUAACCG